AAAAGAAAAUCUUAAUAGAAGCAUUAAAAUAUAAUAAUUCAUAUAUGUUAAGAUUUGUAAAAGUACCACUGCAUUAGACGGCACUGAUAUACUGUUAGAGUGGGUAACAAGUGGCUGUUCUGUUCUCAAUCGCUCCGCGGAACACAAAUUGUUCAGUGAAUAGGGAUUCUUUAAACAUGUGUUUAAAGACGAUUUAAUCAGAAGAGAAUGUUUUGUUCAUACUUAUAUUAUUCUUAAAUUAAAGCUUUACUGAUAUUAAUAAUGUUUAUAUCGUUCAUGCCGCUUAAAAGACAUGGAUUCAGAAAAUACAAGAAAAGAAACAAUUAUAAAAGUAACAGAUUGGUUACGUGGAAUUUGGGAAAUGAGACGUCAAACUGGUCCUGUACAACAAUGGUUAGAUUCAAUACCAUCACCUAUAAAAUCUAAUUUUUCAAUAAAAAAUGAAAACCAACGAGAAUCAAAUAAAAAAUCUAAUGUUUCAUUGAUACCAAGUGAACCUAAGGAUAUUCCAUAUCCUACAGGAACAAAACAAUUAACCAUGACUAAGUCUGCACCUAUCAAUGUUCCUAAUACAUCAAUUAAUACAACAAGAUUACCUAGUUCAUUGCCUCAUAAAUUGGUUCGAGAUCCAAGUUUACAAUCUGACAGCAGUCACUGUAGUAGUGUGGAAAGCUUAUUAGAAUUAAGAAAAGCAGAUCCAGAAGCAAUUUUACUUGGUCUUGGAUUUGGUGGUUGUUCAAAUAGUCCACAAGAAAAUGGUUCCUUUUCUCGCAUACCAAAAAGAUUUUUACAGCCAUCAAAGUUAAAAGGCAUAGCUAUUAAUGAUUUCAUGAAGCAGCAACAAGAAACUAGUGAAUCUUUUGAUUCAGUAUCUUUAGGAUAUAGAGGUUUGACAGGUUCACCAUACGUAGCACCAUCAGAAAUCGUACAGAAAAUUAUGCAACGUUUACGAGAACACGAAAGUCACGAACAUGAUCCAUAUGCAAUGUACAAUUCGUACGAGCAAUAUAGCCCAUUGCAUUGUGGUGGUACACUUUCUGUACUGUCCCCUGACAGUAGACAAUUUUUGGAACAACCACGUUCCAAAAGUCCAGACAUGCGUAACAAACGUAUGAUUAUAGGACAAAAAUCAUUUGCAUUUGGGCAUGAUGGUGAUUUAAUUGAAAUUGAUUCUUCUAAUCCAAAAAGAUCAUUUGAAGAUACUCUAGACAGUGACACUAACGUUAUGGAGAAUUUAGAAGCGAAAUCUAGUGAUUUAAUAAAUAACGAUAUUAAAGUAUUUAAACAAACGACUCUUCAGAAAAUAGAAAAAAUAUUACCAAAAAGUUUAUAUUUUAAUGAUGAUAAAGAAUUUAAUAACACCGACUUUAAUUUAUUGAAAACGAAAACAUUAAAAGAAAAUAUAAAUGAACAAAAUUUAGAUAAAAAUAUUAAUUGCAAAGACGAUAUUUCUUUAAACACAAUUUCACAUAAUAUAUUUGAUAUUCGAAGAGCUAGUGAUGGAUUUUGUAACAUGAAAGAUGGAAAGAUUUUAUCGGAAAUAAAUAAACGAAGACAUAGCGACGGUUUUAUGCAAACUUCUAAGCAGAAUGAUGAUAGUAUAUUAACUCGAAGAAGAAAAACUUUGAAGCGACAGACUAGAAUAAAUGAUAUAGAUGAUAUAAACUAUUGUGAUUUAAAUAUCUGUGAAUCUGAUACAGCACAAUGCAAAGAAUGUAACUUGAAUGAUGAUGACAAGCAAAAAAACAUUUCUAUGAAAUUAAUUCAGAAUGAUGAUAAAAAGAUAGAAUUAAAAAGUGGAACCAAAAAUUAUGAUAUAAUUAAAUAUUCACAAACAUUUUGUGAAGAAACACAUAAUUGUAUAAAAUCAACUAAUUCAAGUAAAGAAAAACAAGGUAAUAAUAGCGAAUAUUGUAUUGAAGAAUCUCAGUCCAUAGAACAAAUAUGCGUAAAUAAAGAUGAAAAUACAACUUGUUGUUGUCAUUCUGGUACUAAAAAGUAUUGGAAAAAAAUGGAAAAAAUUAUGCAAGAAAAUAAAAACUUAGAAAAUAUGGUAACAAAAAGUAGAAGAGAAAUGGCAGAAAUUCGAGAAAUGCUAAGUAGCGUAUUAUCUGUACGAUUAGAACCUGGUUUUUAACUAUACUUGAAUACAGAUAAAAAUAUAUUGCUCCAUAUGAUAUUCGAAAUAAAUUUUGACAAUAUAUUUUCAAAAUUAUUUCGCAUAUUAAUAAUAUUUUUGAAUGUAUGUUUAAAACAUUUUACACUUAAGAAGAGUGUAAUUCACAGAAUUUCACAAAAAAUUAUCACAAAAGCUCAUAAUAAGCUCAAAAAUUGCAAUGCAGUAAGAAUGCAUUUUUACUUAUAUAAUUAUAUUUGUUUUUAAUUUUAAAUAAAAAUGUAAAUAUUUUGUUAUAAUUAAAAAUUUUUAUUUUUUAGUAAAUAUGGAUGAAAUAGCAUUAUCUCAUAUAUUUACAAAUAAUAUAUUGUUGAUUUAUUAUGAAAUAUUUUAGUAUACUUGAAAAAUUAUUGCUAUUAUUUUAUUAUUUUUGUUGCUAUAAAACAUGUUAAUGUUAAAAUUUUCAUUUAAAUUUCAUUGUUGAUAAUAUAUAAAUUAAUUUACCAUUGUUCAAUCGUACUCAAUGUACACGUAUAUAUUAAAUUGUAAAUAUGUAUAAAGUAACUUUAGAAAUUGCAUUUAUUCGAUAAUUUAAAGAUGUAUAUGUAAGCAUAUACUUCAAAGUAACAAAAAUAAUUUUUUUAAAAUUCUAGUCCAAUUAAUUUUCGCAUCAAUAACAUAAUUUCAUUAUAUUGCUAUAAAAAAAGAAAAAAGGCAAUAAUAGUUAUAGAAGUAGCAGCAGCACUAAUAGUAAUGAUAAUAACAAUAAAGAUAAAAAUAAGAUUCAGCUAUUUUUUUUUUUCUGAUAAAUGUUAAUAUUUUUUUUAUGCAUGUAAAUUAAUUUGUAAAUAAUUUACGUCUUACUAUAAGAAUUAAAUAUUAUAUUUGUGAAAAAAGAAAGUAAGAACCAUUUUGUAAUAUUUAACUUUAUCUUGUAUAAAUAUUUGCAAUUGCAUUUUAUGCUUUCAUAUAAAUAUUCAAAUUUUUAUCAAUUUAAAAAUAUACAUUUUAAAGUAACAAAACUAUUUUUGAUUGAAACUUUUUGUAUAAUGGAAAAAGUUAUUAUGAAUGAUUAUUAAUAAUUAUUAUUAAUAAAGUCAUAAUUUUAUAAGUUCAUCAAUUGCCUUUAAUGCUCAAAUAUUAUAUAUAUUUCUAUUAUUGUAUUAGUUCUUAUUAUGAACUAAACAUAGUUUUGUUGGGGCUCUAUGCUAACAUUAACUACAUUUCAGCACAAAACUUUUAUAAUUAAGUUAGACAUAAUUAUAAAAAUUAUAUUUACGUAUUAUUAAUCAAAACAUUUAAAGUACAAAUUAAAAUGGAAGUUACAACAGGAUUUAUGUAUAUACGUGUGUACAUAUAAAUAUUAUAUAUAUAUAUAUAUAUAUACACACACACACAUAUUUUUUUUAAUCUAACAUAUUAUUUAAUGUUUUUAAUUGUUAAAUUCAUAACAAAGGUUCUAUUCCAUAUUAUGUGCCUACAUUCCAAUAAAUUUGAUGUAUACAAAUUAUACAAACAGGAUAGGAGCUUUGUAGAAAAUAUGAAAUGUACAAAUAAUAUAGGAAUAUUGAAUAAAUAUUUGACAGGAUUAAUUUUUACUCUCUCUCUCUCGCUCUCUCUCUCUUUUUUUAUGUACGUGAAACAUAAUUUUUAUCUAUAAAGCUAAAUUAAACAUGACAUAUCAUUGAACAUGAUUGAUGACAGUAUAAUUAAUUUCUUAUUCACACUGUUGCUACUAACAUAAGUCCAUUAUACAUAAUAUUUAUAGCUAUGAAAACUUCGAGAUUUAAAUAGAAAAUUAAGAAUAUUAUGAUUUUUCAGUGAAUUUACACGACGAUAGGAACACAAGACCACAACGGUAACUGACACUGUGAUUUAUUUUCUAUAUCUAAUAUUUUGUAUUUUAAUGACUAAACAUAACACGGAAUCUAGUUACUGAAGAUGUUCUUAUAAUUGGACAUUGAACUGUUUAAAGUGCAACAGAGGAUUGAGUGAAUUUUACAAUUAAAACUACGCGAAAAUUUAUAUAUCAAAUUAUCACUAGAUAAAAAAAA